AUGGCGCCUGGCAAUCUCAAUGUCCUUAUCACCACGUUUGGUGGUCUUGGUCUACCAUCUACUCUGGUAGUCCCAGUUCCUCCAUCUACAACCAUUACAGAACUCCGCGAGGAAAUCAAUGAGCGCCUUCCAGCGACAGACUCCAGACUCAUCCUCACCACCAUCUCCAACAGACAACUACCCGAGGUUUCGCAAGCGCCCAUCUCGACAUAUCUAUCCAGCAGCCAGGAUGAGUUUCUGUCCUUGCGACUCGCCGUUCCUCUGUGCGGUGGUAAAGGUGGUUUCGGCUCCCAGCUUCGUGCCGCCGGUGGGCGCAUGUCAUCUCGCAAGAAGAAGAACCAAGAAGACCACGGCUCAAGCCGCAACCUUGAUGGCCGCAGACUACGAACUGUGAAUGAAGCAAAGGCUCUCGCAGAAUACCUCGCCAUCAAGCCCGACAUGGACCGCAAAGAGAAGGAGAAGCGCAAAGAGCGCUGGGAACAAAUCGUCCAGAUGUCGGAAGAGAAGCAACAUCAAAUCAGAAAUGGCGGCCAAGGCAGACUUGAUGGGAAAUGGGUCGAAGAUAAGGAAGAGAGCAGCGAAAAGACACGCGACGCAGUCGCCGCCGCAAUGAAAGGCGGCGUCUACAGAGAUAAUCUUAUCAGCACAUCGCAUGGCUCUGCUUCCAGCGAGCAACCUGAAACGCAGUCAAACUCUGAAGAGGACGCAAAUUCAAGCUCAAAAGAGUCGUCACCGUCUAAUGAGGUUGAUGAGCCAGCUAAGACGGAGCGACGGACUUUCUUUGGCUUCGACGAAGAUGAUGAGUUUAUGAGCUCAUCUGAUGAGGAGGCUGAAAGCAAGAAAUAA